AUGUCUACCAGGUAUCACCAGGCUGCCGUGGAUGGCUACCAGGACAUCCUGAAAGAAGCGACAAAAAAAGACCUGAACACUACUGAUGGGGAGGGCAUGACGCCCACUCUUUUGGCUGCAUACCAUGGGCACCUGGAGGUCCUGGAGAUUGUGUGUCACAGAGGAGGAGAUCCAGAUAAAAGUGACAUAUGGGGCAACACACCACUGCACCAUGCUGCUGAGAAUGGUCAUGCCAACUGUGUAUCUUUCCUGGUUAACUUUGGUGCCAACUUGUUUGCCCUGGAUAAUAAAUGCCGCACUCCUCUGGAUGUGGCCGUUUUAAAAGAACGGGCAGAAUGUGUACAAAUUCUGGAUGGCGCCGCUAACAAACAAACAGCUGUUAACCCAAAAAAGGUAGCAAGACUUAAAGAACAAGCACAAAAAGAUGCUGAAAGGAAGAUUCGUGAUUGCGAGAAGCUUCAGGAAAAACAUCAGACGCAGAUGACUAAAAACUACAAUAAAAAUCAAUUUGGGACGGUGAACUCAUCCAAAGGAACCUUAUCAAGCUCAACUGGGGCUGGUUUUUCAAAGCCAAGUACAUUAUCCAAAAGUCUGAGGGACACGUUGAAGUUGAAACUAAAAAAGAAAGAUAAGAACACAAUUGAUAGAAAUACUGGAAGUAACGUGAUGUUUGCCAAAGAUGAAAACAGCAAUGCUCAUCGUCCCAAAGCUUCAGAUGUCUUCAAUGAAAAUGAAGAGGAUGACCUCAAGGAUAAUGAUGUCUCAGAAGUAAAGGAAAAAGAAUCCAUCUUAAACCGUCCUGGGCUUGGAAACAUCGUUUUCCGAAGGAAUCUUGCUGCAGAUGUUAACAGAGACUUUGGUGACAUAUCAACAUUUCAAGAAAAUAUGGAUUUCAAUAUUCCUGAUGAGUUGUUUGCAGAUGGUGAGGUCGAGAAUGGCAAUGAAAUGAACCCAGAUUGGAAUGAAGAUGAUAUUAAAUGGAAUGGUGAAGAUGAAACAUCCCCUCUUCAGGUCUUCUUGGCCUCCUAUGGCUUGCUGGAAUUAUUUCAUACUCUUACAAGGGAAAAGAUUGAUCUGGAUGCGCUUCUGAUGUGCUCCAAUGAAGAUCUACAGAGUGUCAACAUACAACUUGGACCAAGAAAAAAGGUCCUUAAUGCAGUGGAGAAAAGAAAGUUUACCUUGAACAAACCAGGGAAAAUCAGUGACACUAAAUUAUAGAGUAUAAACUAAUUUUAAGGCCCUUUAUUGUAAAUUCUAGUCAACAAACUCUGUUUUCCAUAUUGUGACCACAUUUCAAUAACUCUUUUUUGAUGGCAGAUAAGAACCAUAGGCCCAA